CCUCUGACAAGAUGAAAAGAGGAGAGGGGAAAAAAAAGAAAAAAAGCUACCUCGAGGCGGCCCCUCCUCUGUGCUCUCCGCACACGAAUUUGUCUUGCCCACAUCGCGGGAAUGUACUGCCGCGCUCCCUCCUUUCGUCUCUUUCCCCGAGCCAGUACAUCCGCUCCUCAGUCCGACGAAAGGCACGUUUGAGUUGAGGGAUUUCAUAUCCGCGUCGAGCGGCGAUACGUGGCUUUUUUGUUUCCUACUUUUUUGUCAUUAAAAAAAAAAGAAAGAAAUAGACCCAGCUCUACUUUCCCCUCUCUCCAUCCCUCCCCCCCCAGGCCCCACGUUCGCUCACCACAGGGCCACAUAAACCAUGCCGUCCACGGGCACCACGCAGAUCGUCACCUUCAUUGCGAGAAACCCAAAGCUUACCCGGGAGGAGUUCUACAAGCACUGGGGCACGGUGCACGCGCCUUUGGUGGCACCGUGGGCGGAAAAGCACGGAAUCAUCUCGUACCGUCAGCAACACAGCGCCGGCAAGAUGGUGCCCUACAUGGACGACUCUGCGCCGAACGCGAACAGAGAGAACAUCCCCAAGACGCCGCAGGAGUACGACGGCUUCGUCGUAUGGGAAGUGCCGUCUCUUGAAAGCUUCCGGAACGCGUUCAAGGACCCGUACUAUCUCGAGUUCAUCGAGCCGGACGAGCACAACCUGAUCGACAAGAACUCGUUCGCGGGCGGCAUCGUCGCCACGUUUUCAAGCCCCAUCUUCGAGGUCCUGAAGGACAACAGGAGCCGACUCAGCGGCGGCAACACGGACGAGUUCAGAAGGCGGUUCGACGAGUUCGAGGCAAGACAGAGGGGCUAAGACUGCGUCUGGUCGGCCUUGCGAGCCGCUCUGUUCGUGGCAAACUUAAGAGCCCUAUGAUCUAGUUAUGCUUUUUCUAUGCUAUUUGAAGUACAUUGAUCCGACCUUGUUCAGCAAGCCCCCUUGAUCCGCUCUGAAACGCUUCCUGUUGAUCAAGGUAGCUGUACGCUUUGGGGAUUGUGGAAGAUGUCUUGAGGAUCAAUCGCCGCUUUGAUCUGCUGAAGCCUUGGGUAGUUUGUGUUCCAGUAUUGCAGCUGAGCAUUUGGCAAGGCUGGAUCCACGAAUCCUGCAUACGCCCCGAGAUUGUGUCCUUGCAUGCUGUUCGCGAUUACGUCAUGCAUGCCUUGCACGAACGCUCUCGUAGUGUCUGAUACUCUCAACAAGUUCACUGCAUAGGCU